AUGUCUGACGAUUUGGAGAACCUCAAGCGCUGGGUCGCUGGUCAACCCCCACUCGGAGCGCCUCGCACCCCUCUUCCAAAGGUGCCUGUAAGCGACAACACUGAAAUGGUAGCCCAACCAUUCUACUUCAACGUUAGCGCCACGGGAGCAAAAGGUGUUGAACUGUUUCGCAACCCUGCGAACCACGCCGAUGCCGCUGCUACGGUUAUGACUUACUCGGGUACCAAGGCCAAAUUCAUUCCUGCCCUCGGCCUCAAGGAUCAAGCGGUCCAUUUCAACGAUUACCUCACUAGAAUCGGCACCUUCCCCGGCUUCGUCACCGUGAAGAGCGAGGAGACUGGGCAGAACGUCACGUCCCAAGACGUCAACAUUAUGAUCGAUCAGAUCAAGGCCGCGUACACUGGAUUUGCCACGGCCGACCUCAACGGUAUCGUCGAUUCCGUCCAGAAAAUGGCCAACAGUAUCCUCAACAAGAGUUCGAAGGAGAGCGACAAGGCAGUUUUCUCGCAGGACACGAUCUACAAGGAAGAUAACAACAACUACAUCACCAUCUUCUAUGCGCACCUCGACAUGAAGGAGACCACGUCAGGCAAGAAGACCUACAUCGAGCAGACGUACCGAAUCUUCCGCACCGUGAUUAGGGUCAACGCCACCUACCUGGUCACCUUUGCCGAAGAGCUCGCCACCAUGCUGGGUGACGGUGGCCUUGGAGAUUGGGAUGCGCAAUCCUCAUCUCCCACCGGCGACAAGCUCUCCUGCUUCGAGACUAAUUUCAAGAAGACUCCCAAGGAGGUUUGA